UGAUCUAGAUAAGUUUGUGUUCGCGAUCGUUAGCUCAUUUUCAGUGUUUUCCUGGCAAAUUAAAAUUUGAAAUUAUUCCGAAAAGUGGCUUUUUAAACUAAAAAAUCGCUCAGGAUGGAGUGUGACAAUGACAGAUCUUCAGUUUCAGGAGCAAAAUUACCGAAUGAGUUAUUGCUCGGAAUAUUCGAUUACGUGGAUACCCACAGUCUGCUGCAGCUAUCGUUGGUCUGCAAGCGCUUUGAUCAGCUUAUCUUCAGGUACAUGUCUCAUCGCUUCCAGCUCACCUUGGGAGAUAAGGAACAAUUGCCCAAAAGAGGGAUCAGAAUGGUUCCGGACCGAAUCUACAAGAAUCUACAUCUUAAAUCGCUGGAGCUAAGUAGCUACUCUAAAAUCAUGAAAAUCUUCGAAAAGCUGGCACCGAAUGUGGAAUCUUUGAAGCUGACACUGCAAGCCAUUGAUUUGUCGGAUCUGCUGCAGAUGCUGAAGUUGUGUCCCCGCUUGAAACAAUUGUGUAUCAAAGGCAUACACCUGAACUGGGAUCCUUCCGAUUUGAUGGAAAUAAUGAAAUUAGCAACGCGGACCGUCCAUGCCAACACAUCCCUCGACAUGCGCCAUCGUUUGAAUGUUUUCGAUCAAAAUGCUCUACCCUGUACGAUGCACUUCACUCGGCUUGAUGAAGAUGACCCUAUAAAGGAGAACGGUCCGACAUUUCCUGGUAUCAAGUCGCUGGGCUUAAGCAUUCAGGAUCAGCACAACGUGAGGUUGUACCUCCUUCCCCACUUUCCAAAUGUGACCGAGCUUGAAAUUGUUGCUCGCGAGACGGGCGUGUGUCUGUUGAGAAAAAUGGCCCCACACUUGAAAGUACUGAAGGUAAAAGUCUUCCAGGAAUCCAUCGACGCAUUUUUGACCGUACAGCUGCCCGCGUUGGACGUACUGGUUCUCAAACUGAAUGCACGUUGCGAUAACAAUAAUUUGAAGCAUUUUUUGCUCGGCUGCCAAACACUGAAAACGGCGAUGCUGUCGUUCUGCCAUUACGAUGACAUGUUCCCUGCGGUUGCUGAGGGUCUGCCGGGCGUCCAGAAGCUGCAAAUAUCCGGCGACAUUUCGACGGCUCUCUCUGGUCUGGAGAAGAUGACACACUUGAAGGAACUAGCGCUCAAGAACUGUUGUGUCCAAUAUCGAUCCAUCUAUUUCAUGGAAGGAAUAAAGUCGGUGGAGAAACUAGAAUGUAUCGGCGUAUAUUUUGAGCUUCCGGUGGCCGAAAUCUUGUACAAUUUUUGGCAUCUUCAGAAACUUUUGCUGACAGUUCGCAAUAUUCACGAUACGACGUUUCUCGGCGAAUCCAUUCCUAAUGUCAAGGAAUUAUCGCUGUUUAUGGAUCGUGCCCACCCGAGCAUAAUCAAUCAACUGAAAACAUUGUUCAGCUUGGAAAAACUUGUCAUCACGGCGAACACUUUUGCAAAGACAAACCUCGAAUUGCUGCGAAACGUGAUAACUCUAUCGUCGCUUCGACGGCUGGAGGUGCUUGUCUGCAAAGGAAAAGUGCCGAAGGAUUCGGCCGAUAAAAUAGCGUCGGCCAAUCGAUCCUGCACGUUCGUACUGAACGGGGAAGUGGUGGAACCCAAGCGGGUUGUGCGCCGUCUUGCUGCUGUCGGAAAAAAGCAGAAGAAGCGAAGAACAACUGCUAAAUGAUCUGUCUGAACAGGAUGAACAUUUCAUUGAUUUUAUUGAAUGACAAACGUUUAUUGUUUUGUUUUCUUCGUUAAAACGAAUUUUACAAAUCUGUAGAAGAGUUGGUACACUGUUGGUGAAGUUAUUAUCAAUAUUGUUCACAACUGUUAUUAGUCCUUUGAUUCAUUUUAUUGCAUUAACGAUUCGUGCGUGAACAUUACGCGACCACUUUUUUCUGUAAUUGAUACAAGAAGUUACUUUGUUUUACAUAUUGAUAUUGUUUUAGGCGCUUCCAAUUUUGAAAUAAAACAUGUUAUUGGAACUAA